AUGGCCGCGAAGUCGGACGGCGGCGGCGGCGGCCCGGCCGUGCUGCUGGAGAGCCCCGAGGACGGCGGCGGGCGGCGGGAGGCGGGCGCGGAGCCCCCGGCGCGGCGGUACCGGCUGCGGGACGGGUGCUGGGUGUUCUGCGCGCUCCUCGUCUGCUUCGCGGACGGUGCCUCGGACCUGUGGCUGGCGGCCCAUUACUACGUGCGGGGGCAGCGCUGGUGGUUCGGGCUGACGCUGCUGUUCGUGCUGCUGCCCUCGCUCGUGGUGCAGAUGCUCAGCCUCAGGUGGUUCGUCUACGACUUCGCCGCCAGCACCAAGGACAGCGGCGGCGGCACCAAGGACAGCGGCCCCCGCGGCUGCUGCCGCCUCUGCGUCUGGCUGCUGCAGGGCCUGAUCCACCUGCUGCAGCUGGGGCAGGUCUGGAGGUACCUCCGCACGCUGUACCUGGGGCUGCAGAGCCGGUGGCAGGCCGAGCACCGCCGCCGCCACUUCUACUGGCGGAUGAUGUUCGAGAGCGCAGACAUCAGCAUGCUGCGGCUGCUGGAGGCCUUCCUCAAGAGCGCGCCCCAGCUCGUGCUGCAGCUCAGCAUCAUGGUGCAGCAGAACAGCAUCGAGCCGUUGCAGGGACUCUCAGCCUCAGCCUCUCUGGUCUCGCUGGCCUGGAUGAUCGCGUCCUACCAGAAAGUGCUGCGGGACUCGCGGGAGGACAAGAUGCCCAUGUCCUACAAGGGCGCCGUGGUGCAGAUCCUCUGGCACCUCUUCACCAUCGCCGCCCGUGCCAUCGCCUUUGCCCUCUUCGCCUCCGUGUUCCAGCUCUACUUCGGCAUCUUCAUCGUCACCCACUGGUGCAUCAUGACCUUCUGGAUCAUCCAGGGUGAGACGGAUUUCUGCAUGUCCAAGUGGGAGGAGAUCAUCUACAACAUGGUGGUGGGCAUCAUCUACAUCUUCUGCUGGUUCAACGUCAAGGAGGGACGGAGCCGUUACCGCAUGUGCAUCUACUACAUCAUCACGCUGUCAGAGAACGCCGCCCUCACCAUCCUCUGGUUCCUGUACUACGACCGCAAGGCCACCUCCGACUUCAACGCCUUAAUCCUCGUCUGCGUGGUUAGCUCCAGCUUCGCCCUCGGCAUCUUCUUCAUGUUCAUCUACUACUGCCUCUUGCACCCCAACGGCCCCAUCUUCAGCCACCGCUCCGUGGGCUGCAUCUUCCGGCAGGAGCCACCCCCGGUGCCGGUGUCCCCCGUGGAAGCCGUCACCAGCCCCCCGCGCUCGCUGCCGCGGACUACAGGGGGGGAGCGGGACGGGGCGCCGGGGGAGCGGGACAGCUGCGUGCCCGUCUUCCAGGUGAGACCCUGUGCCCCGCCGGCGCCGGCCGCCCGCGCCCCGCGGACAGAGGGGCCCGUCAUCCGCAUUGACCUGCCCAGGAAGAAGUACCCGGCCUGGGAUGCCCACUUCAUCGACCGGCGCCUCCGGAAGACCAUCCUGGCGCUGGAGUACGCGUCGCCCACCACCCCCCGCCUGCAGUACCGCACCCCCGGCGCCCCGCAGGAGGUGCUGGAGUACGAGACCACCGUGUAGGUUGCGGGGCGUGAGGCUGCGGCGGGAGCGCCGGUGCCACCAGGCCACCCUGUGUCUCCAGAGCUGUUUGCCUUCCUUCGGGUUUGCCGGCGCUGCCGUGUCGCCAUGCCAAGCAUCUCGUGGGCGGUGGCCGGGGAGGUCUCUUGGUGCUAUCCCCUCCCCGCGCUGCCUUUCCGCAGUCCAGACCCGUCCCACCCGACGGCGGCCGCCCCCACACUCUCCAGGGCUCGUCCUUGCCAAAAUACCUCACCGGUGCCUGAGCCCAGGCGGUGGGUGCUGUGGCCCGUAUCAGUGGUGCACGAUGGGGACCGGGGGCACCCUGGGAUGGGGGCUGGCAGCUGCCAGAGGCACGGUGGGGCACGGUGGGGCACGGUGGGCAGCACACGGGAACAGAGG